ACUCGAGCGGAGGACGCAGAAUGAAAGCGGAGCGAGUUCGUGAUAGUAAAUACAAGCAGAGUGAAGACAGAAUAAAAGAGCGCUGAUACAAAAAGCGGAAUAAAAACAGCACUGACACACACAUUCAAGCACUGGCGGGUGGAUUUGCUGACUCCGCCGAUGGAUGAUGAGGAGGACGAACAGCUUCCUCACUGCUGUGAAACACCGCUAAGAAACAAGAGCUCAGAGAACAGAGACGGGAGAGGUGGAGAGGUGGGACAAACAGCUAACAGACACGGACGCUUUGAAGACAGAUCAACGCAGACUGCCAGCUCUGUGCUGAAUUCAGUGAGAAACGGAGAUAUGGCACCAUUCCAGGGUUUAGAGGGAGAUGAAUCAUCUCCCUGCGGAGCUGUGGAUGCCAGGACUGCAUUUGGGGUUAACUGUGUAACCGGGGGCCUUGCGUCACUUACUAUGGCCCCUGGGGCCUCAGAAGGGCCAAGAGCACUUUUUCAUGGAAAUGCUGGAUUUCGUGCACACUUCCCCGCACUGUUUGAACCAGUCCUGGAUGGCACACAAAACGCAGAAGAGGACGAAGGGAGACCAGAAGAAAAGGAAGACGAACGUGACGUGGGAAUUAGUGUGGAGAUUCAGAUUGGACGUAAACUGCGUGAAAUGGGGGAUCAGUUUCAGCAGGAUCAUCUUCAGCUGUUCACUCAAAGGGGCCAGAUGGGUUUGUUCCAGCUAGUGACGACACUCUAUAACUUCCUUUUUCCUCAAGAAAGACCCCAAAAUGCAAGAGCCCAGAGAUGAGAGGCCACGGCGCACCUGUUCAGGACCCAAAUGAGUUUUACACAGCACUGUAAGAUUUGCGCAGAUCUGGAUUUACCUGGCUCUAAAAGAAGGUUGCCGCUGGUCGGAGACUUCCCUCUUUUUUCUGAAGAAGCCAUUCUCAAAAUGGAGCAUUGGAGGAAAUUUUCUGCAGGUUGCAUAUCAAUAUGAAGAUAUUAAUAUUCUGCCUUAUGUUUCCCCAACACGUUCACAUACGAGCAGAUCUUAGCGCCUUAAUAAAACCCCCAGAAGAAGAAAGAACUGCUUUAAUUGGCAACAAGCUGUGAGAGUACUCGAGGUCAACAGCAUUUGAGUAUUUGUGCUGACUUCAAUACACCUACUGAACGCUGAUGCAUCCCAGAACGGCUUAUGCUUGAUUCACUGCUGUUAACAGUGUUAUUGGGACAGAGUUGAAGGACAGAACGGACGUGACGCGACACAAGCCAGAGGCCAGUAACAUGCUUCUUAAAGGACUGACACGGAACUGAAAAAAAUUUGGUCAAAUGCAGAAAAACAACUUGAACAUCAGGUUUUAAUACCUGUAUAACAACAAUGAGCCAUUUCUGAGAACAAG